GAGGGAGCGCUGGGAGCCUUGGUGGAGGAGGCUGCCCACCACAUAGGCCGACAAUGAGGCGCUUGGGUCUGGUUCUAAGGCCAACAGGAGACUGGGAAAGGUUGAAUGCUAGUGAAUGACAAUAUCUGAAUUUCCUCCAACUUCCAACCCUUGAAGGUGCAGACCUGACAAUGAGCCCACAAGGGGCAGUGACUUUUCCCAAAUCACACGGCUGGAAUCCAGGCCUGUUGGGAGAGGUAUUCCCGACUGCAUCCACCCCUUCUUGUAAUUCUUCCACCUCUAAGUUCGGGGACCAGACCCAGGUGGCACCACCUCCCAGAUAUGGGAGGCGUUAUCACAUGUCCACCCGAAGACGUCCCUAGGAAUGUGUUUCUAGCGCCAUCCCAUCGUGCAGGUUGGGAGACUGGGGAGGCCCUGAGAGGCACAGUGGCUUUUCCAGGACACAGAACUGCUAGGAAAAAGGUGAUCCGAACUGGGCGCUCUCUCUUCAAAGCUGGGGCGCUGGUUCCGAUCCCAAGGAGCUGUGGGGAGGGCUGUGAUGGAACUUUCUGUACAGCUCGGGAGAUGACACAGGCAAGGAGGGUGAGCGGUCAACAGCCCCGAGGGGGCUUUGGGUGGGUCUGAUGGAGGGAAGGGCCCCCCAUCCUGGAACCUUGGAGACAUGACCUCACUUCCUUGGCGACCGACCCCAACAGAGCUUAGAACUCUGGUCACCAGGCAGCCAUUUUGUACACAUAGCCCAUUUGACCAGAGACACUCGACACAGGAGGAUGUGUUCAUGUAUCCCCUCUUUGCGAGGCUCUGGCGCACAGAAAGCCAACAAUGACAAUCUUUUCCGUCGCUGUCGACAUUGGCUGAGACCGCACCUCCAAGACCUCGGGCCGUUCAGAAGAAGGAACCCUCAGAGCUCCACCCAGGAGAUGGUCCAGGAGCUGGCGCAUGGGUCCUACGGCUCCAUCUCCCUGGACAGGGGGCAAGUGCAGCAGACCACCGACCUUGCCCGGGGCUGGACUGAGGGGAGACGCGGAGAGUCACUCGGGCAGCGGAAUGAGGCCUGCAGGAUGCGGGCCCUCCAGGCAGGCCUGCUGGAGAGGCUGCCACCGUCCAUAGGACCAGCCUUGGCGCCUCGAAACGUGGCCAACGUCACCACCAUCAUGUUCGACUGCGCGGCUGUCCUCACCUCCCACGGGGUCCUGGACCACCUACUUGCUACGUGAGUGCCCAGCCCCUCCUCAGCACAGUGGUGACUCUGCCCACUGCC